ACACACAGGAGCAGCAGGUUCUGUCUGACAUGACAGGAAUUAGAGAAGCGAGGACCAUUUCAGCUGUGAUCCGGAUUAUCUGAACCCGGAUCUGUCUCUAUAGCAGUUUUUAAAAGUCUGCGGGACCGGAACCGGGACUCUCUAGAGGAUUUUAUCCUAACAGAGACGAUCUAAUCCCGGACACCUCGGGCACCAUGAUCAGCUCGGAGGGCCUUCGGCCGAGCUCCAACGGCAGGAAGCCGCUGGGGAAGCUCGCUUCGCGGCUGGAGGAGGUGAAGAACCCGUGGCGACAGGGAUCCACGCUGGAGCUGAGCCACAACGAGGCGGCGCGUUUGGCCACGGACGCGCUGCUGGAGCACGGAGAGAAGGAGUACCGGAGGGUUCUGGCCGAGGAGCGGGAGGUCAACUUCCUGUCCCCGCCGGAGAUUCGCUACAUCUGCCAGUACUCCGCCAAGAGCUGCGGGGGGUCCGACAGCAACGGGACGGGAGCCGUGGGUGAGCGGGACUUCGGCGACGGAGACGCCGUGUCCGAGCUCACCUCCGGGACUUAUUUCCCCAUGAUGUCCGACGAGGAGCCGCCGAUGCUGGAGCUCGGCUGGCCGGAGAACCCGAACCGAUACGGACCGUCCGAGACCCAGAUUUACUUCCAGAGGGACAAGUCUCAUAAUGUCAAAGACCUGAUCCGAUCACUGAUCAAUAAAGCCAAGAAGGUAAGAACAUCCGCAACUCAUCGAUAAACUUCCAUGAACGACAAGGUGAACGUGUGACGUCAUCAGCAGGUGCAGAAACCUGACCACAAGCUGUCAGUGGAAGAAACAAC